AUGGACUCCGUUCUGAGCCGAUUUAACCAAUCGAGAAAAGAUUCUGAUCAAGUUGCAAUCAAGCGUCAAGAGCUGGCAAUUGAGUCAGGAGAAAACCCUUUCUAUCUCAAAUACGAAGACCGAAAGUACGAUGGCCAGUAUUUUCCCAUGUACCAACACCGGUUGAAAGUCCUUCGGGAACGAGUUACCCAAUCGUGUGAGAAUAAAUGGGACUCGCACUUCAAGCUUAACGGCAGAACAGUUGUGAAGAAAAACAAAGUCCUGGAUAUUCAAGCCAAUGAGCCGUGCUGGUGUGUGGGUACCAUCUACUGCGAAAUGAAGUACAAGCCCAAUGUCCUGGAGGAGGUCGUAAACGACGUGUAUGGUGCUCCGGAUUUAACGAAAAGCUACACCGACGCAGAAGGCUCCGACGAGGUUAUGCUCGAGGACGAAAGCGGUCGCCUAUUGCUGGUUGGAGAUAUCGUAAGAUUAAAGCCUUUCGUAAGUGGAACAGUACUGGGUAUUCUAGGUAUGGAAGCGGACGCUGGGGCUUUUCAGGUAUUGGACGUUUGCUACCCCAUGGCUCUCCCUCAAGAUCCAUCUCCCAAACAUUCAGGUGCCGGAAAAAUUGCCCUUGUAUCUGGAUUGAAUAUCGACGCUAAAAAUCCGACGCUCUCUCUCCGGCUGCAACUCUUGCAGGACUAUCUUACUGGCGAUCUGGUCGACCCUGAAUCAGUAUCCGAAAUAACAAGGCUUAUUAUAUGUGGGAAUUCUCUAAACGCUUCUGAGCUGCCUGUUUUGGCUGGUUGUUUGAAAGAGUUUGGUACAUUUGUAGGAAAUGUGCUGCAGUCACUUCCAAUCGAUUUAAUGCCCGGUGCUCACGAUCCUAGUGACCAGAGUCUUCCCCAGCAACCCUUGCACAAAGCUUUAUUCGAAGGCACAAUAAGACCGUACUUUCACACCGUUCAGAAGGAACUAUUUUCCCCUACCACGAAUCCCGUAUGGCUCAAAUUCAAUGGUGUUGAGCUGUUAGGAACAAGCGGUCAGAACAUUGACGAUAUCUGCAAGUACGUUAUACCCUAUUCCACCAGCUCUGAGGCCAACUCUGACGAGCAACAAGACAUGAACACGAGGCUAAACAUGAUCGAAGACUGUCUCAAAUGGCAAAACAUAGCACCCACGGCUCCCGAUACGCUGUGGUGCUACCCUUACAAGUCCAAUGACCCGUUUAUCUUGACUAAGCUGCCCCACGUUUACUUUGUGGGAAAUCAACCCGCUUUUGCCUCCAGAACGGUGGAACUGGAGGGUGGGAACGAAGUCAAGAUCAUCGCGGUGCCCGAGUUCAGUGAAACGGGAGAAAUCAUUAUUCUUGAUCUGGAAACUUUGGAUACAGAGGUAGUUACGAUUAAGGUUUAG